AUGGGAGGCGAACUCUCUUCAACCAGCACAGAACCUUCCACAAACCCUACCCACCCGGAGAAGUCCUCUCCGCCGCCUGCAAUUUCAACGGCUCCCGGCGAUUCGCACAACCCAAUUUCUUCCCCCAUCUCAGAUAAUCCCGCUGGCAUGCCGCCUUCCGAUCCAAACCCUACCGCUGAGCAACAAACUACGGCUGAAGAAUCAGACCAGUCGAAGCCGGCAGCAGAGAAGGAGGGAGACGAGGAGGAGGAAGAAGGAGAAUGCGGGUUCUGUUUGUUCAUGAAAGGCGGCGGGUGCAAAGAUGCCUUCAUAGCUUGGGAGGAUUGCGUGAAGGAGGCGGACAAUGCGCAAGAGGAUCUAGUGGAGAAGUGCUCCGAGGUAACUAGGUUAUUGAAGGUGUGUCUUGACGCGAACCCAGAUUACUACGAGCCGAUCUUGAGGGCAGAGAAGAACGCCGAGGAGCAGGCGAGGAAGGAGAUCCGUGAGGAAGAGGAGCAGAGGAAGGCUGCUGCGUCGGCGGUUGGGAAGGAAGGAGACGCGGCCCCUUCGAGAUCUGAAGUCAUUGUGGUGGAGGAGGAGGCUUCUUCAACUACGCUAUGA